CUUGGUCUUGAUCCUGCGCUGCUUUCGUUGAAAAUUUUGGCAGUGCUUCGAUCUCUCUCUCUCUCUCCCUCCCUAUCUCUCUCUCUUUCUCUCUCUCCCUUCUCGCUUACCGUUUUCGUUAAUUCUUCGAUUCGAAAAACCCUAACGCGUUUACCAGAUAUUGGGGUUGCAGAAGAAUCCAUUUCGGUUGUGCGAGUCGACUUGACGGAAGUGACAUAUUCAACUUGCUUCCUAACCUGAAUGUGAACGAGUUGGUUAAAGCUUUUGCAAUGAAAACGAACGACAUGAUGUUGGUUAACUACCUUUAUUCACUCAUCUAAAGUGUAAUUGCGCUCCACAUUUUGAUCAAUAACAAGAUUUCAGUUGCUGAACAAGGAAAACGAAAAAGCUGAGGACUCGAAACCUGUCGCCAUACUCACAACAAAUGGGAACUAAACAUCGAUAGUUUUCAGUUUUCACCUCGGAUGCUCUGUUCUGAUCUGGGGCUGUCGGGUUUCCAGUCAUCUGAUACAAUUUUUGAGUUAACAGAGCAUGAGAGCCGGGGUUAGCUCAUUAUCUAUUGGGAAAAAGGUCUGGUUUUUCUUUCUCCAUAAUCUGUAGCAGCUGAAUCUAUGCCUGGAAACGACUUUGGGGAGAGGAUCCACAAUUUCUUUGGACAGGAGGGCUUACCCCAAGGCCAGCAUCAAUCCCAGGUUGUGGAGGGAAGCUGGCCCAGUUUUAGUAACGGUCUCUUAGUGGGCAGCCAGAGGCAAAGAGAUUCAUCUCUAGUUUCCAAUUUGAAGAGUUAUAAUGCACAACAAACUGCUGAUCCUGAAGAAGGGCAAUCUUCAAAUGCACAGCAUGGUUUGAACUUUACUCAGCAACCAAUAAGGUCUGAGUACUCCAGAGGUCAUUUGCAAAAUCAUCAGCAACCCGCAAAUGGCUAUAUGCAUGGAAACCAAGUAUUACAGGCAAUGCAACGCGAAGCAAAUUUUUUGGGAAUGGAUGCAGAAUCUGGUGGGCAUAGGUUGACAUCAAAAGGAAUCCCUCCGGACCUUCAUAAAAUUCAGAUGAGGUCAGAUAUGGAAGAAUCUCCAGUUAAUUUUGAUUUUUUUGGUGGCCAGCAACAAGUGAACAGCCAGUCCCCGGGCAUGCUACAUUCUUUGUCGAGGCAGCAUAUGGGUUUCAACGAUAUGCAAUUACUUCAGCAGCAAGUAAUGAUUAAGCAAAUGCAUGAGUACCAAAUGCAACAACAGCUCCAAAAGCAACAACUGGAAGCCAGGCAGAUGAAUUCCUUUAAUCAGGCUGCUGUCAAUGGAAGUCGUUUAGGUGAUAAUCACUCCCAUCCUCUAAUUGAUGGUAUUCCUCUUCGUGAUGCGUCGAAUAAUUCGUGGCAGCAUGAAAUUAUGAUGGCAAAUACAAACUUGCUGCAACGCAGCAUCUCUCCAGUUGUUCAGCAUUCAUCUGGUGGGCUCAUGUUUACCCCUGAGCAAGGACAGAUGAACUUUACGGGUUCAGUUCCACAGCAGUUUGAACAUUCAUUGUACGGUAUGCCAGUUACUGGUGCAAGAGGGCUGCAAAACGGUUUUUCUGCCAUGCAAAUGAAUAAGUUAACUCAUGAGAAUGUUUCAGCUAGCAAUAAUUCAGCUUUGGCCAGUCAGCAUUCUGCAUUUUCAAAUCAAGGUGAUAUUCAUGAAAGUAACAUGGUUCCUAGACCAUCAAGCCCAGAGAAACUGUUGUUCUCCCACACAUCGAUUCAAAGCUCAAACAGUAGACUCAACUUUGAAAAUUUACAGCAAGAUGAUUCCCAUGUGAGGAACAUUUCGGUGCAGGAGAAGUUUAUUGAGAAACAGGAGUCUACUGAUCCAUCAGAAAAGUCAUGUAUGAAAAUGCCUGAAAACAUGACUGCAUCGAAGAAAGUGGCAACGUUAGAUCCAACAGAAGAAAAGAUUCUGUUUGGUUCGGAUGACAAUCUGUGGGAUGCAUUUGGAAACAGUACUAUAGGAAAUAAUUUGGCUAGUGGGUCUGACAUUGUUGGCUCGUUCCCCUCUCUGCAGAGUGGAAGUUGGAGUGCUCUCAUGCAAUCUGCUGUAGCAGAAACAUCUAGUGGGGACGCAGGAACCCAAAAAUGGGGAAGUAAACGGCAAUCUGUAUGGGCUGAUAACAAUACUGAUGCCCUGGGAAAUUCUCAGAAUAGCCUAAGUGCUCAGGAUUCAGGUUUUAAGGCUUCAAUUGCACAAAACGAAAGAGUUCACAGGGAUGCCACACAAACAGCCGUUAAAUAUUUCCAAGAUAAAGGAAGCAAAUUUCUCAAUCAUGGCCUGUUGGAGAAGCCAAUGGCUGAACCUCGUCAAGUGGUUGGAAAUAAUUUUUGUUCUUCUAGUUCUGGUUUUAACGUGCAGAAUAAUUCUUGUCCUACUCGAGAGGAUGAGGGAAUUGGAGAUAAGCUUGGUACUUGGAAGGCUGCUUCUAAUUCUAAUUUAGCUGGGGCAGUGGGACAAAAGAAUUUUUUCACACAUAAUCUACAAAUUCAAAGGGUUUCUUCUGGUUUUGCCAGUGCAUGUGUAGGAAAUGAUCCUAGUACUGUGAGGGAUGUCCAGGGAAAUAUCCAACAGCAUCUGAAUAACAACUCCAUGGAAAAGGCUGUCUCUCAAAUGAACUCUAGAGAGAGCAAACAGAUUCUUGAGUCGCCUGCAAGUGAGAAUGCAGGCAAAACAGCUGCUGAAACUAAUGGCAAGGUGAAUUCUCCAAUGGAAAACUCGGGUGAUGGUUUUCGAUCUAAUAUCAAAUCACAGGCUUCUGCCAGUGGUUUUAGGGAAAGUGCGCAUGUAAAUGUACGUGGUUCCUCUUUGUUGCCUGGUGGGGAGCAAAUGCAAUCCGGUCAUGUUGGUCAUAGGCCCUUGAUGCCUCGCAAAUUUCAGUAUCAUCCAAUGGGUAAUAUUGAUGUCAGCGAUGAACCUGGUAGAGAAAAAGUUACGCAUUUACCACCAAUGUUCCAGCAGGUACCUGGAGGAGAACAAUGGUAUUUUGGACAGUCAAACUCUAUUGGUCUGACAGCUGUAAACAGGGGAAUGGAAAAGGGCCAUGUUUCUCAAGGUGACUUGAAUUGCCCCAAUGAGGCAUCACUCAAAGGCAUGUAUCAGGAUGAUUCACCUAGUAUAUCUAGUUCGGUUGACGGAAUUGUUGACAGGGGUAAUCAAGUCAAGGGUGCUGCUUCAUCAAGACAGACUAUGCUGGAGCUUCUUCAUAAGGUGGAUCAAUCGCAGGAUCAUGUCAUGGGAACAAGUGUUUCUGGGUUGCCUGAAGCUAAGACUUCUGCAGAAACUGGUGGUCAACUUCAGCAUAAUCAGGCAUCUGCUCCUCAGGGUUUCAGUUUACAAUUGGCGCCUCCAUCUCAACCUGUUACGUCACCUGAUAAUGCUCCAUUUCCUCGAAGCUCUUUGCAGGCUGUUAAAUCUUUGAAUCCAAUUCAUAAUGCCUCUGAAAAAGGAGGAAUGAGUCAAUCAAAGUCGGUUCCAUGGACAUCUAAUCAGGCUUUUCUCCACCAAGAGACCCAUAAAGGAGCAUUUCCUGGUAUCCCCGGACAAAUCAACUGUUCGUCUGGUUUUCCUUUUUCCAGACCAUAUCAACAAAACCAGCAAAUGUCUGCUGCUACCCGACCAUCAGCUGCGAACCAAUCAGUCAAUUCGCUUUUUAAGAUGUCUACAUCUCAGGUGAAAGAAAGAGAUGGAUAUGGUGAAAUAGCUCAACACAGACAAUUGGCACAAAUGCCACCCCAGCUCAGUCCUAACACCGACAACAAUAACGAAGAUUUGGCCAAAGGAUAUACCAUGCAGGAAGCAAUGUCAGCUUCUCAGCCUCGAGUUGCAUCCAGCUCAUCAGAGCAAGGGCUUUCUUCUGCUAUGAUGUCAGGUUCAAUGGUGCAACGUCAGUCUUCUAAGCCUCAUCCAGAUAUUGUAAGAUCUCAUCUGUUCCCGAACAACAGUCUAGAGGGGAGAUUAGCUGGACAAGAGAAGACAAAUCAAACAGCUCAAAAUGGAGGAGAGGGGCCAUCAGCAGGGGGGAACUUGAUGAAUAAGCUUGAGUUACAGGGUAAAGAUAUUACUGCAAAACAUGCAUCUGAUGCUGCUUCAAUGUUUUCCAAAUUGGCGCAGAACAAUCUUCAAACACUUGGUCGGUCAUUUAUGCCGCACAACCUUUCAAAGGAAAAGAACGCGCAUUACCUAGAGCAUAUGGCUGCAAAUGGGGAGGAUAAUUCAACCAAUAAUAGGGUUGUGAACAGAGGUGAAUGUAGUCUUGCAGAUCCUAAAAAUUUAGCACCUAGAGGGGAGCAACAAUCACCUCUGGGAUCUGAUGGUUUGGUUAGAGAUGGACUGGUCCAAAGUAAGGAAUCUGUGCAUCCGAUUGGCCCAACGGUUUCUCAAAGUUUCUCCAAUAAGAAUCUCGUUGCUUCUGCUUAUGCUUCCAAAAAUGGACUGGUCCAGCCCCUGAAUGAUGCAUGCGGAUCCACCCCUUUAAGGAUGGCAGAACAAUCUUCUAUCACUGGGAAAUUUGCCGAUGGUUCACAUUCUGGUCAAGCAUCAAAGGAAUUAGUGGCUGAGGAUCCCGGUCAGGUUGAACUUGGAGCAGAAACUCUCUCGUCUGAGUCAUUACCACCUCGUGGUGCCACUGAGCAACUUCUGUCUGUUGAUAGACCAAAAAAGCGUAAAACUGCCAUGUCAGGAUUUGUGUCGUGGAGUAAAGAGGUCAUGCUAGUUUCCCAGAGGCUUCAGACUCUCAGCGAGAGUGAGGUCGAUUGGGCAAGAGCUACUAAUAGACUUCCUGAAAAGUUGGAAGCUGAAAGCGAGUUACUUGAAGACGUACCACCAGUCCUCAGAUCAAAAAGAAGGCUUAUGUUUACUACUCAGCUCGUCCAGCAACUUUUCCGUCCCCCUCCCGCAAGGUUAAUAACGUCUUUAAAUGCAAACUCAAAUUACGAUACAGUUGUAUACACUGCUAUGAGAGCAGCACUAGGAGACGCUUGCAGCUCCAUUUCUACUGCCAGAAGCGAGAGAUUUGGACCACCCAAUGAUGAAAACCCGUUGAAAACAGCAGAGAAAAUCAGUGAUCAAUACAUAUCAAAAGCUGCAGAAGAAUUCAAUGGCAGAACUCAAAGACUAGAGAGCGAGUUCUCGAGGGUAGAAAAGGGAACUACUUUUCCAGAUUUGAGAGUGGAAGUCCAGGAACUAGAGAAGUUUUCAGUGAUCAAUCGUUUCGCAAAGUUCCACGCAAGGGGACCGCUCGAUGGAACCGAGACCUCGUCGUCUACCGAUCGGACAUUGAGCUCUGUUAGGUUAUACCCACAGAGAUAUGUUACGGUCGCUCCCAUGCCUCGGAAUGUUCCAGACAGUGUUCAAUGCCUCUCUCUUUGAUUACUUUGAUGAAUCCAUUAUUCACUUUUUUUGGGGCCAAAUCUGUUAAAAUUCAUCGCUUCUGAGGGUCAGGUCUCUAGCAUCAUUGUUCACUUCAUUCAGAACAUUGUAAGCCAAUCCAUUUGUAUACUUGGUAAAGAGAGGAGAAAAAAAACCAUGCUCAUUAGAGAGGAACCAUUUAUGCACUGUAAUUUUUCCGGAAUUGGGCACAUAUUUAUAUAUAAGAUUGCAAUUUCGUUUUCC